AUGCCCAGCCCAGCAGGCCAGAAGCGCAGUGCUAAUCAUUUGACAACCUCACCCGUCGAUGCGAAGAAAGCCAAGAAUGGUAGUAUUACUUCCUUCUUCGGUCCUCCCAAGGCUAAGACUGUUGAACCUAAAUCAACGUCAUCCUGCUCGUCCAGCUUUAAUAAACAAGGAUGGGUUACGUCGUUGACCUCGGAACAGAGGGAGCUCCUACAGCUUGAGAUCGAAACGUUGGAUGAGAGUUGGCUGGCUCAGCUGAAAGAGGAAUUGGUGACACCCGAGUUUCUAGCGUUGAAACGUUUCCUCCAAAAAGAAAAGCAGUCGGGAGUCAAAAUGUUCCCCCCGGAGAACGAAAUAUAUUCCUGGUCUCGACAUACGCCCCUUCACAAGGUGAAGGUAGUGAUUGUCGGACAAGAUCCCUAUCACAAUCAUAACCAGGCUCAUGGUUUAGCAUUCUCAGUCCGACCUCCGACUCCGGCCCCUCCCUCCCUAGUCAACAUCUACACAGGUAUCAAAAAUGACUAUCCCUCCUUUCAACGACCACCUAACAAAGGAGGGCUUCUGACACCAUGGGCUGAGCGUGGAGUAUUGCUUCUUAAUACUUGUCUAACAGUUCGUGCACAUCAAGCUGCUAGUCAUUCAAACAAAGGAUGGGAACGUUUUACACAGAAAGUAAUUGACAUUGUAGCCAGAGUUCGAUCUCACGGAGUUGUCUUUCUUGCAUGGGGUACACCCGCGGGGAAGCGUGUGGCAGGUAUUAACCGACAGAAGCAUUCUGUACUUCAAUCAGUUCAUCCUAGCCCACUCAGUGCAUCCAGGGGCUUUUUCACCAAUGGACAUUUUAAAAAGUGCAACGAGUGGCUGGCUGAACGUUAUGGUCCAGACGAGGUCAUUGAUUGGAGCCUGACUCCGGGAGCAAAGACUACCAGCCCCCUCGGCACUAUUAAAAGUCCUUCGGUCUCCGUUGACAAACUAGCAUACACUGGGGCAAAGCGAUCUAAAUCACAUGCCUCAGAGUUGGCUGACGUGGUCACACAGCCCUUGGAGCUUCAGGAUACAGAUGAGUUUGAUGAUGAUACCGAUGCUCUCGAAGCUCUAGCAGCCACAGAGACAGCGAGCUAA